AUGUCCGAGGGCAACGUCCAGCCGCCCCAGGGCGUCCCCGAGUCCCACCAUGCUCAGACCUACCCAGUCCCUUCGGGAUUCAUGAAGUGCGUUUCUCCAACACUCUAUCCAGAUCCUGCAGUGUUGACUUUUGGCGCAGGAAGCAUCCAAAACAGCCCCACAUCGAGUCCAUGGACAUGUACAAGGAAAUGUACAACGAGUCCAUCACCCAACCCGAUCAGUUCUGGGGUACCAAGGCGCGAGAGCUCUUGACUUGGGAGCAGGAUUUCCAGACCGUCCACACAGGCACACUGGCCGGCGGUGACAAUGCCUGGUUCCUCGAGGGCCGACUGAAUGCCUCCUACAACUGCGUGGACCGUCACGCGGCCAAGAACCCGAACAAGCCAGCCAUCAUCUACGAAGCCGACGAGAAGGGCGCGGGCCGCACAAUCACCUACGGAGAGCUCCUCCGCGAAGUCUCGAAGCUAGCCUGGACGCUCAGCCAGAUGGGUGUGAAGAAGGGUGACACCGUUGCCCUCUACCUGCCAAUGAUUCCCGAGGCUGUCAUUGCCUUCCUCGCCUGUACUAGAAUUGGUGCAGUGCACUCGGUGGUAUUCGCCGGUUUCAGUGCCGACUCUCUGCGAGACCGUAUCAUCGAUGCCAAGUCCAAGGUCGUUCUGACCACCGACGAGGGCAAGCGUGGAGGCAAGCUGAUUGGCACCAAGAAGAUCGUGGACGAUGCACUGAAGCAGUGCCCCGAUGUGACACACUGCCUGGUCUACCAAAGGACGGGUGCUGACGUUCCCUGGACAAAGGGUCGGGACUACUGGUGGCACGAGGAAACCGACAAGUGGCCUGCGUACUACCCACCCGAGAGCAUGAACUCUGAAGACCCGCUUUUCCUGCUCUACACCUCGGGCUCUACUGGCAAGCCUAAGGGUGUCAUGCACACCACGGCAGGCUACCUCUUGGGAGCGGCGAUGACUGGCAAAUAUGCCUUUGAUAUUCACGAUUCUGAUGUCUUCUUCUGUGGAGGUGACGUGGGUUGGAUCACAGGACACACCUACGUUGUUUACUCGCCGCUGGUUCUCGGUGUAGCGACUGUUGUCUUCGAAGGCACUCCGGCCUACCCAGACUUCAGCAGAUACUGGGAUGUGUGCGAGCAGCAUGCAGUCACACAAUUCUACGUUGCACCAACCGCGCUCCGAUUGUUGAAGCGGGCGGGCGACGAGCACGUCAAGCACCAGAUGAAGUCGCUGCGUGUGCUUGGCUCUGUUGGCGAGCCAAUCGCACCCGAGGUCUGGAAGUGGUACCACGAGAUUGUCGGAAAGAACGAGGCACACAUUGUGGACGUAAGUGCCGGGAAGCCGAGCUCAGUACUAUUAUGAGCUUCGUGUUGCAAACGACUGACCUCGCGUAACAGACAUACUGGCAAACCGAGACCGGCUCGCACGUCAUCACGCCCCUUGGUGGUCUCACUCCCACGAAGCCCGGAUCCGCCUCUCUCCCCUUCUUCGGCAUCGAGCCCGCGAUCAUCGACCCAGUCAGCGGCGAGGAAAUCAACGGCAACGACGUCGAGGGCGUGCUCGCCUUCAAGCAGGCAUGGCCCUCGAUGGCACGCACCGUCUACGGCGCGCACAAGAGAUAUAUGGAUACGUACCUGAACGUGUACAAGGGAUACUACUUCACGGGCGACGGCGCAGCCCGCGACUUCGAGGGCUACUACUGGAUCCGAGGGCGAGUCGACGACGUGGUCAACGUGUCCGGCCACCGUCUGUCCACGGCGGAGAUUGAAGCCGCGCUGAUCGACCACCACGCCGUGGGCGAGGCGGCGGUCGUCGGUAUCAACGACGAGCUCACCGGCCAGGCCGUCAAUGCCUUCGUGUCGAUUAAGGAUGGGAACGAAAUCAACGACGCGCUGAAGAAGGACUUGAUCCUGCAGGUCAGGAAGUCGAUUGGGCCCUUCGCGGCCCCCAAGGCGGUCUUCAUCAUCCCCGACCUGCCCAAGACCCGAUCGGGCAAGAUCAUGCGCCGUAUUCUGAGGAAGAUUCUGGCCGGCGAGGAGGACCAGCUCGGGGAUACUUCGACGCUGGCUGACCCUUCGGUCGUGGACAAGAUCAUUGAGAACGUGCACGACGCCAAGGGCAAGAAAUAG